GCCUCCCAGCCUCGGUGCAGCGAGGGAAGCGCGGACCUUUCAACAAGAGCUUUAUUAAUUCUCCCGCUAGGAUCCCGGGAGGCUAUGGAGGUGGCCGCUAAUUGCUCGCUGCGGGUGAAGAGACCCCUGUUGGAUCCCCGGUUCGAGGGUUACAAACUCUCCCUCGAGCCGCUGCCCUGUUACGAGCUGGAACUAGAAGCAGCUGUGGCAGAAGUAAAACUUCGAGAUGAUCAAUACACACUGGAACACAUGCAUGCUUUUGGAAUGUAUAAUUACCUUCACUGUGAUUCAUGGUAUCAAGACAGUGUCUACUACAUUGAUAACCUUGGAAGAAUUAUGAAUUUAACAGUGAUGCUGGACACUGUCUUAGCAAGACCACGAGAGGUAUUUCGACUUCCUACAGAUUUGACAGCGUUCGACAAUCGCCUUUGUGCAUCUAUCCAUUUCACAUCUUCUACCUGGGUUACCUUGUCAGAUGGAACUGGAAGAUUAUAUCUCAUUGCAACAGGCGAACGUGGAAAUAACGCUUCUGAAAAAUGGGAGAUUGUGUUUAAUGAAGAGCUAGGGAAUCCUUUUAUCAUAAUUCACAGUAUCUCAUUGCUGAAAGCUGAAGAACAUUCAGUAGCUACCCUACUUCUUCGAGUAGAGAAAGAAGGAUUGGACAUGAAAGGAAGUGGUUUCUUUGUUUCCUUGGAGUGGGUCACUAUCAGUAAGAAAAAUAAAGAUAAUAAAUAUGAAAUUACUAAGCGUGAUAUUCUCCGUGGAAAGUCAGUGCCCCAUUAUGCUGCUAUUGAGCCUGAUGGGAAUGGUCUAAUGAUCGUCUCCUACAAGUCCUUCACAUUUGUUCCAGUUGGUCAAGAUGUUGAAGAAAAGAAAGAUGAUGACAUGUCAGAUAAAAUCAAAGAGCCUCUGUAUUACUGGCAACAGACUGAAGAGGAUCUGACUGUCACAAUACGGCUUCCAGAAGAUAGUACUAAGGAGGACAUUCAAGUACAGUUUCUGCCUGAUCAUGUUAACAUUGUGCUGAAGGGUCAGAGGUUUUUGGAAGGAAAUCUCUAUUCAUCUGUUGAUCAUGAAAGCAGUACAUGGAUAAUUAAAGAAAAUAAUAGCUUGGAGAUUUCCUUGAUUAAGAAGAAUGAAGGACUGACUUGGCCAGAGCUAGUAGUUGGUGAUAAGCAAGGGGAAUUUAUAAGAGACUCAGCCCAAUGUGCUGCAAUAGCUGAACGUUUGAUGCAUUUGACCUCUGAACAACUGAAUCCAGAUCCCGAUAAAGGAAAACCUCCUUGUAAUGCUCAAGAGUUAGAAGAAUGUGAUAUUUUCUUUGAAGAGAGUUCCAGUUUGUGCAGAUUUGAUGGCAAUACAUUAAAAACUACUCAUGUGGUGAACCUUGGAAGCAACCAGUACCUCUUCUCUGUCAUAGUGGAUCCUAAGGAAAUGCCCUGCUUCUGUUUGCGCCACGACGUGGACGCCCUGCUCUGGCAGCCACACUCCAGCAAACAAGACGAGAUGUGGGAGCACAUCGCCACUUUCAAUGCUUUAGGCUAUGUCCAAGCAUCAAAGAGAGACAAAAAAUUUUUUGCCUGUGCUCCAAAUUACUCCUAUGCAGCCCUUUGUGAGUGCCUGCGUCGAGUGUUCAUCUAUCGUCAGCCCACUCCCAUGUCCACUGUACUUUACAACAGAAAGGAAGGCAGGCAAGUAGGACAGGUUGCUAAGCAGCAAGUAGCAAGCCUAGAAACCAAUGAUCCUAUAGUAGGCUUUCAAGCAACAAAUGAGAGAUUAUUUGUUCUGACCACCAGAAACCUCUUUUUAAUAAAGGUGAAAACAGAGAACUAGUUACUCCAACACGUUGGCUCCUCUGUGUUGGGGAGUAGGUGUCAGUGGUAGCUGGAAGGCUGGGCAGUUAUGCUGUAACCUGUUAAGUUUUCAUAUGUUAAAAGAAAUGAUCUUGUAUUUUAUUUUUUAAAAGAUAUUCGAAAUAUAUUCAAGAGAUUAUGAUUCUAUAAAAGCUAUGGGAUGAAGCUGAAAAUUUAGAGAAAAUUGGCUUCUGUAAAAAAUGUAGAUACAAUUAGCAGUGUAAUUAUUUUUUAAAAGCAAAGGCUAGAAUCUUUUAUAUGAAAAAAUGUACAAUUCAGUGUUUAAAAAUAAAAAUAUUCAUCGUGUA